CCCUUCCACAACUCAACAAUGGAGAUCAAAAAACUUUAUCAUCAUCAUCGUCAUCUCCCCAACCCGAUUACCCGAUCCAUUUCAACAUACCCGUUAAUCUUCAUCAUCUUCUUCCUCCUCUCUCACUCCAUCGUCGCCAUUUCUUUCCCCAAACCUCCACCAAUUCCAAUCUUACCCUUUCCCACUUCACAGCAGCUCUCAUGGCAGCUAUCCGACAUGGCACUCUUCCUCCAUUUCGGACCCAACACUUUCACCGACAGCGAAUGGGGCAGCGGCCACGACGACCCCUCCGUCUUCAAUCCCACUGCCCUAAACGCUACCCAAUGGGUCACCGUUGCCAAGGAAAACGGGUUUCCUCGGGUCAUCUUAACAGCCAAACACCAUGAUGGCUUUUGUUUAUGGCCCUCCGAUUACACAGAUUACUCGGUGAAAUCGAGUCCAUGGAGAAAUGGGAAUGGUGAUGUGGUGGGUGAAUUGGCUAAAGCUGCUCAAAAAGCUGAGAUCCAAUUGGGUCUUUAUCUUUCUCCAUGGGAUAGACACGAACCUAGUUACGGGAAAACCCUAGAGUACAAUGAACACUAUUUGGCUCAAAUGACUGAAUUACUCACCAGAUAUGGGAAUAUAAAGGAAGUAUGGCUAGAUGGUGCUAAAGGGGAAGGAGAGAAAUACAUGGAGUAUUUGUUCGAGAAUUGGUUCAGCAUGAUCCACCAGCUGCAGCCUGAAUCGGUCAUAUUCUCCGAUGCCGGUCCAGACGUCAGAUGGGUUGGCGACGAGGCUGGUUGUGCACCCACCACUAGUUGGUCGCUUUUCAAUCGGAGCAAUGCCGCCAUUGGUGCCACUGAUCCGACGUACUCUCAAAACGGGGAUCGGUUAGGACACGAUUGGGUACCAUCCGAAUGUGAUGUUUCCAUCCGGCCUGGCUGGUUUUGGCAUGCAUCUGAGGUUCCUAAAUCUGCAGCUAACCUGCUUGAAUUGUACUAUAAUUCGGUAGGGCGAAACUGUCUUUUGCUACUAAACGUGCCACCAAAUUCUUCAGGUCUCAUAUCUGAAGAAGAUGUAAAGGUCCUUGGAGAAUUUUCUAAGCUCAAAAACUCCAUUUUUUCGCGUAGUCUAGCCAAAGAAGCUGUAGUUUCUGCUAGCAGCACGCGAGGUGGGCAUAAUAAUACACGGUUCACGGCCAGUUCUAUACUGGAUGACGGUAUUUUUACUUACUGGGCUCCUAAUAUCAAUCAAUCUCACUGGGAAAUAUAUCUAGAUUUUCAAGAAUCAGUGAGUUUUAAUGUUAUACAACUGCAAGAACCAAUUCAAAUGGGGCAGAGGAUUGCUAAGUUUCACGUAGACGUUGUAAAUGAAGACGGAAAAUGGUGCGAAGUUUUGAGUGGGACAACGGUGGGAUACCGAAGGCUAUUACGGUUCCCAGGCGUCAAAACUCAGAGCCUAAGGCUCGUCAUCGACGAGUCCAGAUCAGAUCCGUUGAUUGCUUAUCUGGGAGUUUACGUUGAUACAGUUUCUAUAAUUGGGAGCACUAUGAGAAACUCGAGCUCUCAUUCUUACUUCAAUGCCAGUCAAGUUCUGCAUCAAAUCGCAUAUAAUCACACUCAUAUUUCUUCAUCAUAGUCUCUCUCAAUGUAAUUUCAUCCUAUUAAUUGUAUGUAUAAUCUGAGUAAAUAAAAAGUGGCAACAUUUUCAAC